AUGUCUGUCCCCAAAUGCCAUAUCCCGCUAAUUCCCAUGCUAGAGGAAGCUGUUCGCCUCAAGACUAUGUCUCAUGUCGACACCAAGACCCUUGACAUCAACCCUUCUUUGAUUCGCAGCGUUGGUCAGUUUGUCGAUGUCAGCUGCUGGAUCUCUUAUCAGCACCGUCGUUGGCAUAGAAACCAUCAGUACACACAGGUCAUGCAGCUAAUGUCGCCCGAUCGUGGUGCUGUCCGCUUUGAAAACGCAAUCGCCUACUGGUUCUUGUCCCGUCGCGGAUAUAAUGGCCGUAAACGCAUAGCCGCUCAACCCUCAAGUCAGCGUCAAGGAACCGGCCUAACCGUCCCUGUUCUUGACGCCGCAGUCACGGUUGUCGGCCCUCCCGCUGCGCCGCCUGCACUGGAAUUUUCUUCUGUCCUUGAUCCCACCAUGUUUCUUGGUAAUGUCGCGAGUUACUCGAGCGUUGAUACAUGCUUCCCAAUCGCCGCGUUUUCUCAAACUAUUGCGUCAACUCGUUUGCCCGGUUUUACUUCUCAGACUCUGGUUGGCGGCACUGGCAACAGAGUACCCCGGGCACUUCCUCUAAGAGAACGUUUCAUCGACUCGUUCUAUCUGAAUUUCUACGCCGCUCAUCCCUUCAUACCGCCAAAGGAGCUUCUUCUCAUCCUAGCACAGCAGACCUCCCUGGAGCCCCUCCUGGCAGCGAUACGUUGGAUUGGUUCUCUAUACAUCGAUCAAGAUAGCUCUCAAAGCCUUCUCACAGAUGCAUCUCGUCUAAUAGACGGUGCACCGCUCAGAAAUGGCUUCUUAGUGCAGGCGAUGUUGCUUAUCAUCAUUGGGCUCGACGGUAACCGUCAAGAGAAAAAGGCCAGAAAGCUUAUGGGAGAUGCCAUUGAUAUCGCGAUUCAGAUUAAAUUGAACUCUGAUCCAUUUGCAGUCACCAAUGGACAAGGAAUUUCGGUACUUGAAGAGUGCUGGAGAAGGACAUGGUGGGAGCUUUACGUUGUGGAUGCCCUUAUGUCCGGGGUGCAUCAAACCAACACUUUUGUUCUGUAUGAUGUACCUACAGAUGUCGGUCUGCCUUGUGAAGAGCACCAAUACCUCACAGGACAAGUACCUCCUCCUAUUCACCCAUAUGAUACGGAAACCUUGGGACUGUUUGACCCCACGCCAUAUUCUUCGUACACCUAUCGGAUUCAAUGUGCCUGCAUCUUGGGUGCUUUUCAGAAAAUGCCAUCAGAGGUCGACCAUAUAGCUAGGCUUCUCGCGAACUGGAUGCUCCGCUUGCCUCCUUCAAAAUACGACGCUUAUUGCGAUGGCGAGUUAGAUGAGAUGAUGUUCCAGGCCAUCAUGAUGUGGCAGGCUAUUUCUAUUCUCGUACACCAGCCUCACUCACAGCUGGACUCAUCGUUGACUUAUUAUAUCAAAGCGUCCAACACGCCAGCUGAGUCCAGCGAUGCCUUCAAUUCGCAUACGAAACAUACGAUUCGGGCUGCGAGGGAGCUUAGCAAGUUGAUCAGCUACCGCGUUCCUCUCCUUAAACACACUCAUUUCUUUGCUUACAUGGUAACACUCUCGUCUACAGUCCACCUCAGCAGAUGGUCAUUGGCCUUUGUGGCGCAAGACGAUCAGGAUCUUCGUCAGAAUAUGGGCCAGAACAUUGGGGCGCUUGCCAAGUACGCUGAGAAUAAGUUGUUCUUUUCUUGUACUUUCCAUAAGCCUCCUUGCAACCCUUUUCCUCUAACUAUUCUUCCUAGUAUUCCACUUUCCAUCAUCAUAACCAGUACAGUCACCCUCAUAUUUGCCAGGGUACCAGCUGCCAUCAUCGUGGCCAUUACCCUUACCGUCAUAUUUCCCGGGAUGCCAGACCCUAUCAUCCUUCCUCUUCUCCAACUUUUCGGGGACCAACUGCCUGUUGUCAAAAUUGUCUCCCUUGGCUUCGUACAAAGCAGCAACCUGCUUGCCAGUAUCGACAGACUUCCCGGUAGGGAAUCCUAG